AUUUCGAUGGACGAACAAUUGCGGAAUGUGAAAAUGCAUUAUGGUGCUACCAAUGCGGUGAUAGUUCGGAAUUAGGACCAUGUCUAACAGACACAGCGGGAAUGCAAGCGGAAAAUAACAGAAGGUAUGCUUCUCUAAAAAAGCCAGAUCCAGAUAAGGACAAAGAACCAUCUAAAUAUCUAAAGGAUUGUUUAAACACCAGUGGAAUCUGUAUUAUAGAAAGAAUUGAAGAACAGGGAAAAAUGCUCGCAUAUCUACGAGACUGUCACUAUACGGGACGGAGCUACUCGAUUCAAGAUCCGAGGUUAGAUGACCUUGAUCCUAGUCUCAAUCACACCACGUGUAUAUAUGAAAAGGGAUCAAGCAAGAAAUUAGCGUGCGUUACAAUCUGCAAUACAGACUUUUGUAAUGGACCUCAGUUUUCUGGAGGAUCAAUAUUACAGAUACAAACAUGGCUAAACGUGUUUUGUGCUGUUGUAGUGAUUCUCAGACAUCUCUCGUAACAUUUGUUUUCUUUUAAAAUUAAAUCCCAAUGUCUUAACCGCAAAUAACGCCUUAUUGUAGUUAGGCUAAAUUGUAAUGCAUUGCUUCGUCUACCUAUUAUAAUUUAACUUUCAAAGAUAUGUAUACGCUCCCUUUUUUCCUCAAAGAGAAUAAAUAUUUGUGGAAAAUGAAAACAUAAAUAUGAGUGCAUUUUUAUAUAACAAUAUGCCUAACUUUGGUAGUUUCCCCUCCAUAAGAUUAGAAAUAAAAACCUACAUAUCUUUCAAAGUAAAAUACUAUUUAAUCUACUAGAUGCAAUGUGUUCUUCAAAAGUCAGUAGUAUUUGAAUCAGAAUAUUUUCUGGUCAUGUUUACAAAUAUCUAUCAACAUUCAUUGAAACAUUGUAUAGAUUAGUUUCAUUUGAACUUUUGAAUAAAAAUGGUUAACAGUUCA